GGGAGGGUGUCGUCUCAUCUGUGACAUCUGAUAGGUAAAAUCAAAACUCAGCAGACGCUGAAGGAAGAAGAAAAUGUGGCCCCUCACUGCACAUUGUUUUAUUAGUUCUCCUGAGGUGUUGUGGCCCCUGGGAUGAUAUUUCAUCUAUUCAUGCUUUACUUGGUAAUUGACAGUGCAGAGAGCUAGAGCACUGAAAAGAGACAGGGAUGACAUAGAUCCUAGAAGAUCCACUGGAGCCAGCAGGGCGCCCUCGCUAUAUAGGAUGAAUUCUUGCCCUCCUCAUGGGAGCAGCAGGAUUGGAUGAUGUAUAAUGAUCCUGCUAUCAAACCAGCAGCCCUGGACAGCAGUUAAUGGUAACUCAUAUGCAAAGCCCAGGAGAGCCUUCCUCCUCCUCCUCCUCCUCCUCCUCCUCCUGUAAUUGGUCUCCUGCCUGCAGCAGCUCAAUGCGCCCCCUGAUGGCGAGCAGGAGCAGUGCGGCCGCCGCGGGGAGUUUAAAAGCCUCCGCUGAGGAGGAGCUGCUCACAGUACCGAGGAGCUCUACCGGGAAAAGUUUACCUCUAACUAUCACACUUGACUCAAAGGAGGGAGAAACCAGCAGAGAUGGCAACCCAAGCAAAGCAGCCGCCUCACCUGCACCUGGCUGAGAUCACCGCGACGCAGUUCAUCGACAUCUGGAAACACUUUGACGCAGACGGAAACGGCUACAUCGAAGGGAAGGAGCUGGAGAACUUCUUCAAAGAGCUGGAGACUGCGAGACGAGGAGCCGGCGUGGAUCCUACAAAUGCUUUGUUCAAAGAAAAGAUGAAGGAGUUCAUGGCCAAGUUUGACAAGAACGCUGAUGGGAGAAUUGAGAUGUCAGAGUUGGCUACGCUUCUGCCCACAGAGGAAAACUUCCUGCUGUGUUUCAGAGAGUUUGUGGGAUCCAGCGCCGAGUUUAUGGCUGCCUGGCGGAGGUAUGACACCGACCGAAGUGGAUACAUUGAGUCGAAUGAGCUCAAGGGUUUCCUGUCAGACCUGCUGAAGAAGGCCAACAGAAAAUACGAUGACAAGAAGCUCAAUGAGUACACACAGACAAUUCUGAGGAUGUUUGAUCUGAAUGGUGAUGGUAAACUGGGCCUCUCUGAGAUGGCGAGGCUCUUGCCAGUCCAGGAAAAUUUCCUGCUGAAGUUCGAGGGCAUCAGACUCACAGUUAAAGAAUUUGACUCCCUCUUCACCCUCUAUGAUAAGGACGGUAACGGAUAUAUUGAUGAGCAGGAGCUGGAUGCUUUGCUGAAGGACCUCUGUGACAAGAACAAAAUGGACGUGGACCCCGUGGGCUCUAAAGGACUCCUUGGGUACAAGAAGAGCAUCAUGGCUCUGUCUGACGGAGGCAAACUGUACCGCACUGAGCUGGAGAUCGUCCUCUGCCGGGACUCCACGCUGUGAGCUCCUCGCCGCCCUCCCCCACCGCCUCCUCCUCCUCCUUCCUACCUCCAUCAUGAUGUAACCUGGUGCAUGUGUGACCCUUAACCUCGCUACACCACUAAGAGUGAAAACAAAAGUGCUCCUGAGAGCACAAAGUGUACCUGCUAUUUUAGCUUUGUACCCCUCUGAGGUUUUUCUUUUUUGAACUUAAAAUGCAGUCCCAUAGUGAGAUAGCCAUAGAAAUGACUACAGGAAUAUAUUGUGUUUAUUUAUUUGACUUCCCAUUUUAAUAUGCAUUUUUUUUACAUUCAUCUCACAUCUAUAUGUUCCUCUCCUGGUGAAUUUUAAAUUACUACUUCUGUUCUGUAGCAUCUGUUUAUUUAUGUAUUUAUUUCUAUUUAUAUAAUCUUAUUUGAUGAGGCUUGUACUGUUCUAUCAAAGAUAUUACUGAGAGAAUGAAUAAAUAUAACAUGACAA